AUGGCCGAGCAACUCCCCAAAAGAAAAACGACUUCCAAAUAUACCGCACCGAUCAACGGCUCUGCAUUACCUCAAUCAGAGUCCAUAUCAGCCAUGCGUCUUCCCGCGACCAAUGGCACAGAUUGUGUCACUACUAAAGAGGAUGCCACAGAUGGUGUCACCACUAAAGAGGAUGGAACAGAUGGUGUCAUCACUAAAGAGGAUGGCACAGACGGUGUCACCACUAAAGAGGAUGAUGGUCACCAAGAUACCCCAAAACUCAACGGUGAUCUCAAGGAACCAACCACACCUGAAGUAGACGAGUUCAGAGUUCCCACCGAAGUACUUUUAGCUCUUACUAGUAUUCUUUGGGCAAUUGUGCUCAUUGACCAUAUCAUCUUUUACACUGACGCUGGAUUCUGUGGAGCCGCAAGUAACGUUGUACCUUUCCUUCGAUUGACUCAUAUCAUUAUCGCCACUGCUGCAGGUUACAUUCACAUGCAACCAUUCGCCAAUGUAGACUUUUCGAUCAGUAGGCUCCAUCAUAGAAAUUGGGUCAAAUACUUCUUCAACGGUGCCUUGAUGUACCUCAUGUGGUUUGGUGCCGUGUUAUUUCUUCGAGUGAGUAACUGA